AACUUAUCUAGCCGACUUAUAUAUAAUUUUAUAUUCUGUAAUCCAUUGUCACCGUCCAUAGAGAAUUUCAAGUCCAUGAAUCAUAUGUGAAUCCAAUCAACAAUCCCAAAUUCAGAAAUGAGAAUACAGUUACACGUAAUUGUCAACCACCCAAACUACCAAAAAAAAAGUGAAAUUCAAAAAAAAGGAAAUCCACCAAAGCUUUUUUUUGUCUUCAUUUGCUUCAUUUCCAGUUUCUCAUGUCCAUCAAUUUACUUACUUAACUACUACUAUUAUUAAAUCUGGAAUUAGCAAUUCCAAAUUCCCAAUUGCAAUUCAUUAUCCCCAAUUUCUAGGGUUCUUCAAUCAUGGAAAAUUCAUCCCCAAUUUCUAACUUCAAUUCUCACUCUCCUUAUGAACUAAUAUUUCAAGCUCUUCUGAUGAUCCCAAUUUCUCACUAUUUCAUCGGAUUUGCGAUUAUUGUUGCGGUAAUUUUGUAUAAUUUUGUGGAAUGGCAUUUGAUUCGUGACAUUUUAACUGGAUUUAGAGGUCAACCAAUCACCUUAACUUUCAAUUCCGAAUCCAAACUUUAUGAGGGAGUUGUUUCGAAGUGUCGAAUUUUACAUGGAAGAUAUUUGGCUACUCCUUGGUUAGCUAGUCCUCAUAUUCAAACUACUUUUUUGAACUUUUUUGGAAGGCCCCCUGUAUUCAAUUAUAGAAGACAAAUGUUUCGUUUAUCUGAUGGUGGAACAGUUGCUCUGGAUUGGCUUAUGAGUUCUGAUGUGAUGGGGCAUGCAGUUUACAUUGACAAUGUUAUUCCUAAAGAUGAUAAGACUCCUAUUGUACUUGUAAUCCCAGGUCUAACAAGUGAUUCUAAUUCACCGUACCUGAAACAUCUUGUGUACAACACUGCAAAAUGUGGAUGGAAUGUUGUUGUAAGCAACCACAGAGGUCUUGGUGGUGUCUCUGUCACUUCUGACUGCUUCUAUAAUGCUGGCUGGACAGAUGAUGUUCGCAUAAUCAUUCAUCAUCUACAUCGUGAAUACCCAAGUGCUCCACUUUUUGUUGUGGGAACCAGCAUUGGAGCCAAUGUUCUGGUUAAGUUCCUUGGUGAAGAUGGGGAAAACAUUCCAAUUGCAGGUGCUGUUGCUAUUUGCUCUCCUUGGGACCUUUUGAUUGGAGACCGGUUCAUUGGUCGCAGACUUGUCCAGAAAUUGUAUGACAGAGCUCUUACCAUUGGCCUGCAAGGUUAUGCACAGUUGCAUCAACCCCGCUAUUCUCGACUUGCUAAUUGGGAAGGAAUUGUAAAGUCCCGCAGCAUCCGAGAUUUUGAUAAUCACGCCACCUGUCUUGUAGGAAAGUAUGAGACUGUCGACACAUACUACAGGCGAAAUAGCAGUACUAAUUAUGUGGAUAAAGUAGCUGUUCCGCUACUCUGCAUUAGUGCUUUGGACGAUCCUGUUUGUACCAAGGAAGCCAUUCCAUGGGACGAAUGCAGGUUAAAUAAGAACAUUGUUCUAGCAACAGCACAACAUGGUGGACAUCUUGCUUUCUUUGAAGGAAUAACUGCUUCCAGCCUCUGGUGGGUGAGGGCUGUCACCGAGUUCCUGGGUAUCUUACACUCGAGCCCAUAUAUGCAUAGACAAUAUAAGGUGCAGAUUCCUGGCUUAAUUCCUCCGUCGGAACCUUCAAUAGACCAGAGUCCAUAUAUAAGUGUUGCAGAAGAUGGGAUGGUUGCUGCUGUGGCCAAUGAACCAACAAGAACUGAUGAGUUUGAAGAUUCCUCCGAGAUUAUUAAACCAACCAUUGCAAUGGCUAAGGAGGACCGAGAUCAGCAGUUGAGAGAAUCAGUCCCAAAUGAUGUUCCUUCAGAAAGUCAAACCCAUGAACAGAAGUCCAGCACCUGCAAUGCAUCUUGUCACGGUGCAACUUCUCUUAUUAAGCGGCGUUUGGAACAGCUUACUCGUCAUUCUAAAAAAUCUAUAUGGUUGCUCGCUUAUGUGGCAAUUGUUACAAGUUGGCCCUUGGUGGGUUCAGCAUUCUACUUCUUUUUCAAAAGGAAGAUUAAGAACAUAUCGCCUUCCAGACUACAGAAAAAAUAAUGACUCAAGCUGGUAACUAUUUCCAGAAUUCUGUACGUGUCUUAGUGGCUUCUGUAAUACCUGCAUUUUUAACAUGCUGAUUACAUUUAUAAAUUUAUUUAUAUACUCUUAUUUGCAAUAUUUCGGUA